AUGAGUGCGUCGCCCAUUGCUCGCUCCUUGUUCGUGGACAAGAUGGACUACUCCAUUCUCUUGUUACAGGUGACCAAGAAGCUAUACCACGCCCAAACCGAGGAUGAGAACUGUGUUCUUAAUUCUCAUGAAGCGGAGUUCGUAUUAAACCACCUUCCCUGGGAGACUAACGAGGGUGUGAAAAUGUUGAAUGGAGAAGGAGAACAGAGUGAAGAACAGGAGCAAGGAUCUGCUGAUGAGCAAGCACCCGCUGGUGCUGGUGAGUCAGUGUAG